AGCACUAGCAACACCAAACAGCUGAGCGAAACGUAUCAGACGUCAGUUUUAUUAUGACUUAUCAACAACAAGCUGAAUUUUCCGUAUUCUGUUGUGUUUACUCAGACAUAAUCAAUGAGUUAGUCCCGUCUCGACAUGCGAUAACGUUUUAAUAUAAGUAUUAUCUGUAGUCGUCUAGUAAUUCUUUGUGUGAACAAUGAUAUCAGUGUUUAGACUUCAUACCAGUGCAGUUUCAGUUGUAGAAAGUUGAUAUUGUAAUUAAACCUGUAUUUACAUCGGAACAACUAUGCCAAAUGCGUUCGUUGACCUGUUCUUGAUGAAUAAAUAAAGUGAUUUAAAUAUCUGUACCAGGCUGUAUGUGAAGUUGCUUUGUUGUUAAAACAAUGAAAUUAAAAAUAGACAGAGGGCUUCUGCCCAUAAAGGCGCACUUUUUCUUUUUUUUCGCGGCGUUAGGUCCUAUACUGCCGCAGAUCAAUGUCUUCGGGAGACAGUUGGGGGUGUCCCCCUCUGUCAUGGGCAUGGUGACAGCCGUCCUGCCACUCCUGUGGGCAGCUGCUAAACCUUUGUUCGGAUAUAUUGUCGAUUUUUGGCCGGCACACAGAAAACUAGUAUUCAUGCUACUUAUAACAAUAAUGACUGGAUCAUACUGUUGCCUAUGGUUCUUACCGAUGCCCGAACCAAAGAUGGCCGACACCAAACUAUUAGAAUCCGUAUACAGAUUGAACGAAACUAUAUUUUUAAAACAAAACACAAAUAAAAACAAUACUUUAUUGGAAAAAUACAAGUGUCACUGGAACUGCAGUUUGGCGGGAAACUUUGACGUUUACCUGUCAGAUACGCCAUUUGUAAACACAGUCUAUAUUGACGAUGAAGUUUCUAAUGCGUCCUGCUCUGUUUUGUUUAUGGAAUUCGAUGAUUUACAUAACGGCGACGUUAUGUGUUUACCUAAGGAGGAUUGUAAUUUGCUUUGCUAUGAAAAUGAGAGCGAUAUUGGUGGGAAUAAGACGAAGCGAAGUGUUGAAGAUUUAAAUAGAAAUAUUACUUCAAAUACAGAUGAGAAGAAAAGUGAUAAUUUCUAUAUGACAGCUGCUUUCUGGGCGUUUGUUAUUUUGAUGUGUGUCGGUACAGUUGCGUUUAAUGUUGCCAAUUGUAUCGGUGACGCUGUCUGCUUUGAUGUUCUUGGGCCGGAUCGAGGCUCGAAAUACGGGGCCCAAAGAGCUUGGGGUACCGCUGGUUAUGGUUUGACAGCGCUAUUGGGUGGAUGGUUGAUCGAUAGCGUCUCUGGAGGAAAAGACUACAAAGACUUCACACCAGCAUUCGUUGUGGCGUUGAUAGCGACCGCCAUAGAUUUGUACAGCUGUCGAGCUUUGACUCUGCCCUCUCUAUCAAGUCCCGACGAUUCCGGCAAGGCGUUGCGUGAUGUAUUGAAAAUACCGAAAGUAAUAGUUUUUAUAACUUUCGCCGUCGUAGCGGGAACAUUCGACAGUUUUAUCAUAUAUUAUAUGUUUUGGUUUUUAGAGGAACUAGCAGAGAAGACAGGUCACACUGCUAAGAUUAAAUUAAUAGAAGGAGUUGUGGUCGCCGCGGAGAGUUUUAUCGGAGAACUACUGUUUUUCUUCUUUUCCGGUAAAAUAAUAAAGCGGUUUGGAUACGGCACGACUUUGACGUUCUCUCUCUUCUGCUACGGGAUCAGAAUGAUCUGUAUAUCUCUCAUACAGAACCCGUGGCAUCUUGUGUUUGUUGAGGGUAUAAUGCAAGGGCCUACCUAUGCGCUGUGCUACUCCACAAUAGUUGGCUACGCGGCCCACGUAGCUCCUGAAGGAUAUUCAGCCACUGUUCAGGGAAUCGUGGCUGGCAUGGACGAUGGAGUCGGUUUCGCAAUCGGCUCCCUAGUAGGGGGUCAACUAUACAGUUGGCUUGGCGGCCGGGGCUCCUUCAGGGUGCUAGCGGUAACCGCCAUCAUAGGAUCAGCGAUUCACGCGAUCCUAUUCGCAAUUGUAUCGAGAAGCGAUAAGAAAGCAGCUCAAAAAGCAUUGGAGACUACGCCCGAAGCGCAAAAGAUGCUACAAGAGCGCAGUAACGCCAUCUACAAUGACACAGUCGUACCACUAAACGGUGAAGAAAAAUUUGAUAGGUAACACCAAGAGAUGGGGUUAUUUUGUAUUGAUAUGAAUUUGUUGAACAUUUUUUUUGCAAUUCGAUUUUAAGUGCUAUUGUUAUAGUUACAAUGGAGUUUUUAUACAUUUCAUCCAUUUGAGAAUAGAAAAAUGAUUUUUGGUAUUUUUUGUGUAAAAAUAAAUAAUUUACGGCUUACUCGAUGAAGUUCAAGCCAUGUAAGGGCCCAUAAUUAUUCAGCCAAUGUAAUAAAUAGCGCUUUAACUUUAUAACGCCGAAAGAAACAAAAUACACUUAUAUUUCAGCAAUAAAUUGUGCCAUUUCAAGAUAAAAAAGUCAAGAAAAAAGUUAUUUAUUUACGUACGUAAGUACAUAAGUUUAUUUAGGAAUUUUCUUUAAAGUAAUUGUAAUUAGGAAUCAUUAUUGGGUACAUUGACAGCUAGUCAAAUUUAAUUAUAUUUUUCUAAGUGUUAAUAUCGAUUUCCUUAGCUAGAAAUAUAAAAAAAAUCGAUGAAUCGUAAAAUCAAUGAAUAAAAGUGUUAUUUUUUAAAUUUUUAAUUGCAUUGUAACGUCGAAAUAUUUUAUUAACUACUAUUGAUCCGCUGCAAUGCUGAUACUAAAUUUCUCCACUAUUCAAUGAAUGCUGUUACACAUAUAAAUCUUCCUCUUCAAUCACUCUAUCUAUUAAAAACCGCAUCAAAAUGCAUUGCGUAGUUUUAAAGAUUUAAGCAUACAUAAGGAUAUAGGGACAGAGAAAGCGUCUUUGUUUUAUAAUAUGGCAGUAAAUUCAAGUAUCUUGUCAAAUAACUAAAUAAAUGAUGUAUAUGGACGAUGAAUUUAUAUUAAUUAUUUAAGCUUGUAUUCGUACAUUUUUUUAAUAAAAUAUAAGCUUGCUACGCGCUUUGUUUACAGCUGUUAAUUCAUCUCCAACUCGGUCACUGAUAACGGGCGAGUCGUAUUUUUUUUAUUUAUGUAUCGUGUCCAUGUAAUUACUUGAGAUGAUAUUUUUU